AGCUGGUGCUUGGGCGUGUGCGGAGAGGUGGGCUCAGUGAGGCACCCCAAAACCCCCCGCCUGACCCCCGACACGAGUGGCAUGAACUUGGAGCCGGGCGAGUGCGGGAUGAACUCGGUGAGCUGCGGCAACGGGAAACUCCGCCAGUGGUUGAUCGACCAGAUAGACAGCGGCAAGUACCCGGGGCUGGUAUGGGAGAACGAUGAGAAGAGCAUCUUCCGCAUCCCCUGGAAGCACGCCGGCAAGCAGGACUACAACCGCGAGGAGGAUGCUGCCCUCUUCAAGGCUUGGGCUCUUUUUAAAGGCAAGUUCAGAGAGGGCAUUGAUAAACCAGAUCCCCCUACCUGGAAGACAAGAUUAAGGUGUGCUUUGAACAAGAGCAAUGACUUUGAAGAACUGGUGGAGAGAAGCCAGCUGGACAUCUCAGAUCCCUAUAAAGUGUACAGAAUAGUGCCCGAAGGAGCUAAAAAAGGUGCAAAACAGAUCAGCAUGGAGGAGCAACCGUUAAUGAUGAACCAUCCCUUUCCGAUAACGUCUCCUUACACUUCACUACCAUCUCAGGUACCAAACUACAUGGUGCCCCACGAACGGAACUGGAGGGAGUUUGCCCCGGAGCAGCCGCAUCCUGACAUCCCUUACCAGUGUGCCAGCGUCCCCUUCGCAGCUCGCAGUCAUCACUGGCAAGGGCCUGGCUGUGAAAAUGGUUGUCAGGUGACAGGAACCUUUUAUGCUUGUGCCCCUCCUGAGUCCCAGACUCCUGGCAUCCCGAUUGAGCCAAGCAUAAGGUCUGGUGAAGCCCUCGCCCUGUCAGAUUGUCGGCUCCACAUCUGCUUAUAUUACCGUGAAAUACUGGUAAAGGAGGUGACAACUUCUAGUCCUGAAGGUUGUAGGAUAUCCCAUGGCCAAAGUUAUGAGGUCAGCAGCCUGGAGCAAGUUAUCUUCCCUUAUCCAGAGGAUAAUGGCCAGAGGAAGAACAUAGAGAAACUACUGAACCACCUGGAACGAGGAGUAAUACUGUGGAUGGCACCUGAUGGCCUCUACGCUAAGAGACUUUGCCAAAGCAGGAUCUACUGGGAUGGGCCUCUGGCGCUCUGCAGUGACCGACCCAACAAGCUGGAGCGGGACCAAACAUGCAAGCUCUUUGAUACUCAGCAGUUUUUAGCAGAGCUGCAAGCCUUUGCUCACCAUGGACGCCCGCUGCCGAGAUACCAAGUCGCUCUGUGCUUUGGGGAGGAAUUUCCAGAUCCGCAGAGGCAGAGGAAACUAAUUACAGCCCAUGUUGAACCAAUGUUUGCCAGGCAGCUGUAUUACUUUGCUCAACAAAACAGUGGACAUCUUCUGAGAGGCUAUGAUUUACCAGAACUUGUGACUAGUCCAGAGGAUUAUCACAGAUCUAUUCGCCAUUCCUCUAUUCAAGAAUAAGACCCUCAGAAAGAGUGUUUUUAAAGGCACUGUAAAGAUUAUGCAGAGUGGAGGAGCAGAUCUGGGUCGCAAUUUGGAGAUCCACAUCACAGCUGGAUGUGUUCAGGGGUUCAAUGAUAGGGAAGUGAACUAGGAAAACCAUAUUGUAUGAUACAAAUGACGGGUCUUCAACGUUUGGAUGCUACAUCUCACAUAGGUUCCACUGUCGCUGAGAAUAACUCAAAACUGACGAAAUGAUCGCUAUGUUUACGUUUGCUUAAUGCUCUCCUUGGAUUUUGAGGACUGAGUCUUGCCGAAGACUUAAAGCCAGAGUUUACACUGUUACAUUUGCAGGGCUAUUUAUUUUGGAUUACUGAUCUCAGGGAAGGUACUUAAAUUUGUGGUGUUCCCAGU